UGCGUAAAGAGCAUUUUAACGUGAGUAUUUGCAAUGCAGGCUCUCACCCCUCACGUGUACUGGGCCCAGCGGCAUGGUGAAAUUUACCUGCGAGUGGAAAUCAGUGAUGCCCAGAAUCUCAUCAUUUGCGUUGAAGAGAACGUCCUUCACUUCAAGGGCCAAGGGCAUGGAGCGAAAGGAGAAAACGAAUAUGAAUUCAGCUUGGAAUUCUUAAAACCAGUCAAACCUGAGGUGAAACAUAAAUCCACUCAGCGGCAGGUGAAUAUUACGGUGAGGAAACAGGAGCACGUUUGGUGGGAUCGACUCACUAAGCAGGAGAAGAAGCCGUUGUUUCUAGCGCCUGAUUUUGACCGAUGGUUGGACGAGUCAGAUGCAGAGAUGGAGCUCAGAGAAAAGGAAGAGAAAAUAAAUAAAGUCAGCAUUGAGUCAAGAGUCCGAAAGGACCCUUAUCUUGGCUUGAAAAAAGGUUUUCUUUUUAUGUACAACUUGGUCCAGUUCCUUGGCUAUUCCUGGAUCUUUGUCAACAUGACUGUACGUCUGUUCAUACUCGGGCAAGAUUCUUUCUACGACACCUUUCAUACCAUUGCUGACGUGAUGUACUUUUGUCAGAUGCUGGCAAUAAUGGAAGUUAUUAAUCCUGCUGUGGGAUUGGUUAAAACUGGAGUCGUGCCUGCUUUCAUACAGGUCAUGGGGAGGAACUUCAUCCUUUUUGUUGUAUUUGGUACCUUAGAGGAGAUGCAAAACAAGCCAGUGGUCUUCUUUGUCUUCUAUCUAUGGAGUACAAUUGAGAUAUUUAGGUAUCCUUUCUAUAUGUUGGCCUGCGUUGAUACAGAAUGGAAAGUGUUGACUUGGGUGAGAUACACUAUAUGGAUACCCUUAUAUCCUCUUGGUGUUUUAGCAGAAGCGGUGGCGGUGAUCCAGUCCAUCCCCAUCUUUGAUGAAACCAAACUUCUCAGCAUUCCUCUGCCUAAAUUCACAGGCCUGUCUCUCAGCUUUUCCUACAUCCUACAGGUCUACCUGGUGCUCAUGUUCCUCGGCCUCUUCAUUAACUUCCGCCACCUCUUCAAGCAAAGGAGAAGACGGUUUCGCACAAAAAAGAGGAAAGCCAAUUGAGGAAGAGAAAAUGACUCGUCGUGAUUUAAUCCUUGUUUUUCCCUCUCAUUUUAAAUCAAGUGCAUUUACUUUCUAUACUCCGAAAUACUGGAGGACCACGAUUAAGCUGUACAAUAUAUAAAUGACAUAAGAACAAGAAAUAAAGACCUUAUUAAAAUGC